CACCUGCAGAGCGCCAACCCUCUCUCUCCCGAGAUGUUCCACCAAGUUUGGGCAGCUCUGCUCUCUCUCUAUGGUCUUCUCUUUAACUCCCUGUACCAGUGCCCUGAGCACAGCCAACUAACAGCGCUGGGGCUGGACGAGAAAGAGUCCCCAGAGCCCCACCUGGGCCUGUGGUACUUUAUCGCGGGAGCAGCCCCCACCAAGGAAGAGCUGGCCACUUUUGACUCUGUGGACAAUAUUGUCUUCAACAUGGCUGCCGGCUCUGCCCCCGGGCAGCUCCAGCUUCGCGCUACCAUCCGCACGAAAAACGGGGUCUGCGUGCCCCGGAAAUGGAUGUACCACCUGACUGAAGGGAAAGGAAACACGGAACUCAGAACUGAAGGCCGCCCUGACAUGAAAACAGAGCUCUUCGCCAGCCCCUGUCCAGGGGGCAUCAUGCUGAAGGAGACGGGCCAGGGCUACCAGCGCUUUCUCCUCUACAAUCGAUCGCCACACCCUGCAGAGAAGUGUGUGGAGGAAUUCCAGACUCUGACCUCCUGCUUGGAUUUCAAAGCCUUCUUAGUGACUCCCAGGAAUCAAGAGGCCUGCCAGCUGUCCAGCAAGUGACCUGUGACUUCAUCUGUGUCCCAGACAAGAUGGGAGCCGAGCUGUGAAGGGAGAAGCUGGAGGCUCUCCGCCCCCUCUCAUGGAUAAUAAAGAUGAUUUUUCAGUCCUCA